AUGUCCGCGCCAACAGGCAACAAUGCCAAUUUCACUGGCAAAAGACUCAAUGUGCUAGUCUACUCCGGUUCGCUCACCUACUCCGCAUGGCAACUUAGCCGUUUUCUGACCGACGACUUCUCGACAGGAAACGGAACCACUGUUGACUCAGUCCGCCAUUGUCUCUACACCCUCCGCCGCCUCCUCGCUCCCCACUAUGCCGUGAUCCCCGUGACGGGGGAUAUGCUCCUGAAAGAGCCAUGGAUGGCUACGUGUGCGCUGCUAGUCUUCCCCGGCGGUGCGGAUCUGGGAUACUGUCGCACGUUCAAUGGCGCGGGAAACAGGCGCAUUGCGCAAUUCGUUCGCAACGGCGGAAGAUACUUGGGUAUGUGUGCUGGGGGCUAUUAUGGUUGCAAGAGCUGUGAGUUUGAGGUUGGGGAUAAGACUAUGGAGGUUAUCGGGGACCGCGAAUUGGCGUUUUUCCCCGGUAUCUGUCGUGGCGGGGCAUUCCCUGGCUUCGUUUACCAUAGUGAGGAGGGUGCGCGUGCUGCGGAGCUCAAAGUGUCCAAGGAGGCGCUGAGCAUUGGUACUGUGCCGGAGCAGUUCAAGUCUUACUACAAUGGUGGAGGAGUGUUUGUUGACGCGCAAUUGCUUGCGGGCAAGGGAGUUGAGGUUCUUGCGAGCUAUACUGAGAAGCUUAAUGUCGAUCCUGGGGAGGGUGCGGCUGCUGUUGUUUACUGCAAAGUUGGCGAAGGAGCUGCAGUCUUGACAGGACCUCAUCCUGAAUUCGCGGCUGUCAAUCUCGACCCCAAGGCAGGCGGGCCGGAAUACGCGGAGAUGGUUGCUGCUCUUGCUGCAGAUGACAAGGCACGAACAGAUUUCCUUAAGGCCUGCCUGUCUAAACUUGGGCUUGAGGUUACGCAGGAGACAACGGCAAUGCCUUCACUGUCGUCCUUGCACCUGUCUGGUAUCGAUGCCGAUGGGCCUAUGGAUAUCCUAUCAUGUCUUGGCAAGGAUUUUACCAACGAUGGUCAAACCGAGUACCUCAAAGAUGAACACGAUAAGUUCCGUAUUGAGCGGCCUGGAACAUGGAACCUCGGUGACCUCGAGGAAUCGCUGCCUACUGAGUCCUCCGCGCCCAGUGAUGGUAUCAUCGAUUACCAGGCAAUCACCAAGCGUCUGGUCUUCCACGAUGAUAUCCCAUCUUCAAAACUUACCCCAUACUUCAACCACCACGCAUUCUAUUCCAAUUUACGUGAAUAUCAGGCCGAGUCCAAGGGAGACGCUACAUGCUUCGGCUCCAACCUUCUAUACGGAGAAGUCGUGACCAGCACGAACACAAUUCUUGAAAAAAACAUUGCACUCCUCCGCCAGCUACCGCAAGGCUUCACAGCAACAGCCACGAACCAAAUCGCCGGCCGUGGCCGCGGUUCCAAUGUCUGGGUCUCACCCGCAGGCUCACUCAUCUUCUCAACGGUCGUCCGCCACCCAAUGGAAAAGAUGCAAUCAGCACCAGUAGUCUUCCUCCAAUACCUAUCAGCCAUGGCGGUAGUACGAGGCAUCAAAAGCUACGCCAAGGGCUACGAGAAGAUCCCCGUCAAACUAAAAUGGCCAAACGACAUCUACGCCCUAGACCCAGAAGACCCCGCCCAAAAACGCUACACAAAAAUCUGCGGCAUCCUAAUCAACAGCCACUUCAUGUCGAACGAAUACAUCUCGGUAGUAGGAAUAGGUGUAAACGCCACAAAUGCCUCACCAACAACGGCGCUAACCACUCUGGCCGCCAAAUACGCGUCACCCGGCAGCGCCGCCGCAAACCCAGUAACACUGGAGAAAUUGCUCGCGCGGAUCCUAACCACCUUCGAGUCUCUGUAUACGCGGUUCCUGCGGACGGGAUUUGAUCGCGGGUUUGAGGCGCUUUAUUAUGAGGAUUGGUUGCAUAUGCAUCAGAUUGUUACGCUUGAAGAGGAGGGUGGGGCUAAGGCGCGCAUUCAGGGUAUUACGCGUGAUUAUGGGUUGCUUCUUGCUGAGGAGCUUGGGUGGGGGGAUCGGCCUACGGGCCGGGUUUGGCAAUUGCAGAGUGAUUCUAAUAGUUUUGAUUUCUUUAGGGGGUUGGUCAGGAGGAAGGUUUGA